GAAAUGGUGCUCUUGCAGAACUCUCUGAAAACGUGCACAUUUCAGGAGUGUCAGCUGCUUGUGGAGAGACUCCAGAACAAAUCCGAGCACCUAGUGGAAUAAUCACCAGUCCAGGCUGGCCUUCUGAAUAUCCUGCCAAAAUCAACUGUAGCUGGCUCAUACGGGCAAACCCAGGGGAAAUCAUUACUAUAAGUUUCCAGGACUUUGAUAUCCAGGGGUCCAGAAGGUGCACUUUGGACUGGCUGACGAUAGAAACCUACAAGAACAUUGAGAGUUACAGAGCUUGCGGGUCCACGGUGCCCCCUCCUUUCAUCUCCUCACGGGACCAUGUCUGGAUCCGGUUCCAUUCGGACGACAGCGUGUCCAGGAAAGGCUUCAGACUGGCGUACUUUUCAG